AUGAAUUCACAGUUUGUGGUUGACUUGAAUAGCAAGAUGAAUAAUCCAUAUGCUGCAAACCCAGGUGAAGCAACUGUCAUGGGAUUUGAAGUUUUGAAGACAUCUGAUUCCGGUUACAAUAACGUAUACACUUUGACUGAUGAUGAAGCACGUGAUCCACCAGAGGCUCCUCCACAAUUGCAACAAACCUUCAUCGGCUAUCCUGCUAAUGUUGGUAGUUCUAGUUCUCUUCCAUUGCCCCAAAGCGCGAUUCUUAAUCAUCUUUAUAUUGAGAAUAGAGAGCCUCAAAGAUCCGUGGUGGCUUUGGGAUUCACUCAACGCUUUCGUAACAAAUAUGUUACCGCCGUCCUCUACAAGCCAGUUCAAAGAAGGGGAACCACAAGCAUUUGA